AUGGAUCACCUCAUGCCUCCCAACAAUGUGACUGAAUUCAUUCUCUUGGGACUCACACAGAAUCUACACUUGCAGAAAAUACUCUUCAUUGUUUUUUUAUUUAUUUUCCUGUUUACUGUGCUGGCCAAUCUGUUCAUUGUCAUCACCAUCUCCUCCAGCACCAUGCUUUCAUCACCCAUGUACUUCUUUCUCACUUACUUGUCCUUUAUAGAUGCCUCCUACACCUCUGUCACCACCCCCAAAAUGAUCAUCGACCUGCUUUACCAGAGAAGAACCAUCUCCUUGGCUGGCUGCCUGACUCAGCUGUUCGUGGAGCACUUGCUGGGAGGAUCAGAGAUCAUCCUCCUUGUUGUCAUGGCGUACGACCGCUAUGUGGCCAUCUGCAAGCCCCUGCACUACACAGCCAUCAUGCGACAAGGGCUCUGCCACCUUCUGGUGGUGAUAGCCUGGAUUGGAGGCAUCCUGCAUGCCACUGUGCAGAUUUUCUUCAUGAUCCACUUGCCCUUCUGUGGUCCUAACGUCAUUGACCACUUUAUGUGUGAUCUCUUCCCAUUGUUGAAACUUGCCUGCAGAGAUACCUACAGACUUGGGAUGGUGGUGGCAGCCAACAGUGGAGCCAUGUGCUUGCUCAUCUUUUCCAUGCUCCUCAUCUCCUACAUAGUCAUCCUGAGCUCCCUGAGAUCCCAUGGCUCUGAAGGAUGGCACAAAGCCCUCUCCACCUGUGCCUCCCACUUUACUGUUGUGGUACUCUUUUUUGUGCCUUGCAUAUUCACCUACAUGCGUCCCGUGGUCACCUACUCUGUGGACAAGUUGGUGACGGUCUUCUUUGCAAUCCUCACCCCCAUGUUAAAUCCUAUAAUUUACACAGUGAGAAACACAGAGGUAAAAAACGCCAUGAGGAGUUUGUUGAAUAAGAGAGUAACUUAG